GCUGAAUUGAGGUACUCUAUUCCAGAGGAGAUGAAGGAAGGUACCGUGGUUGGAAAUGUUGCUAAGGAUCUUGGUCUGGACAAAACCUCUUUGAUUGAUCGACGAUUUCGAGUUGUGUCUGGAUCUAAGGACACUUUUUUCGAGGUAAACCCGGACAAUGGUGCCUUACAGGUCCGUAAGAAAAUCGACAGAGAGGAGCUGUGUCGCGGUAGUGGUGUAUGCUUAAUGGAGCUGAAAAUCCUGGUUGAAGACCCUUUGGAAAUGCACCAUGUAGUUGUAGAAAUUACUGACGUAAAUGACCACUCUCCUAGUUUUCCUGAAAAGGAACAGCAAUUUCAAAUAGCAGAACAAACAUCUCCAGGAACUCGAUUCCAGCUGCACGCGGCCCGUGAUCCCGAUGCUGGAAUUAACUAUAUCCGCACAUAUACAUUAACGUCAAAUGAUCACUUUGAAAUAGAAUUUAGUCCAAGCGAUGAGGAAAAAAUACCAUUUUUAGUGCUGAAGAAGUCCUUGGACAGAGAACAAAAGAAUACCCACUUGCUAUUUGUAACAGCAGUUGAUGGAGGUAAACCUCAAAGAUCAGGAACACUGAAUGUUUCUAUUAUUGUUCUUGACGUUAAUGACAAUCGUCCGAUAUUUAGUCAAGACACUUACCAAAUAGAAAUAUAUGAAAACGUCCCAGUUGGCACUACUGUUACAAGAGUGAAUGCAACAGAUCCAGAUGAGGGGACUAAUGGGGAAAUUGAGUACAGCCUCAGCAGAACAUUAGCACGUAAAGUCUACGAAAUAUUUGAAUUAGAUAGUUUAAGUGGACAAAUUAAAUUGACAAGAGUCGUGGAUUUUGAGGAAUCCGAGAAUUAUAAACUAGAUGUUGAGGCAUCUGACAAAGGAACACCUCCAUUAAUAGGGAGGAGUAGAGUCAUUAUAAAAAUAAAAGAUGUCAAUGAUAAUCCACCAGAAAUAGAAAUAACAUCACUGUCAAAUACAGUGUCUGAAGAUUCAAAGCCUGGAACAGUUAUUUCACUUAUUAGUGUAACGGAUAAAGACUCCGGUGUGAAUGGAAAAAUUAUCUCACGCAUAACUUCAGACGUUCCUUUUGAAUUAAAGCCUUCUUAUAAAGAGAACAUAUAUUCAGUUGUCACGAAGGGAAUUUUGGAUCGAGAGGAGGUGUCACAUUAUGAAAUAACAAUAAAAGCCACCGAUUGUGGUGAACCUCCCUUAUAUACUGUUAAAACACUGAGUAUUCAGAUAUCGGAUGUAAACGACAACAGUCCACAUUUCUCCCAAAAUCCAUUAGAGUUUUACCUGAUAGAAAAUAAC